CUUACUUGGUAGUCUAUGGGACAGUCACAGGCCUCCUGGUUUUCAUCCAAAAUAUCAAGUGAUUAAUGAUUAAUGACAAAAUUUUUAUUUUGGGGUAAAGUAUCCCUUUAAGACUGUACCAUCCGGUUUUGAGUUUGUGUACUGCAACAAGUUUUCUUUACUGGUCAUGUACAGUAAAUGUUAUGCCCUAUGUGCUGAUGUUUGUAUUUUUGUUCUAUUUUUCUCUCAAAUGAAAUCCAAGCUUGAAAUCUUUUACCGUUACCCCAUACAAUGGUGCCAUUUUGACUCUUAGACGUGUUGAAAUCUGUGUAUGGGGGUGACAAUUUAGUUUUUUUCUGUUUUACUAAUUGUUGCUUUCAUAUUGGUACGUCUUAAUGUGAGAAAGGUCAAAGGUUGAACAUGGGUUUAGUAAUGGCAGAGAUUGUUGGAUGUUUCAAACACUAUAGUGGAUUUUUUUCUCUUUCGGUACUUGAGGUUAUGCAAACUUUUACAUAAUUGUUCUCUUUUGUUUCUUUUUUUUAUGCUGAUAGCUUCACCUCUGUAAAUAUUUUUUGUGUAAAAACUACACUGUAAAUACAAGUGACUAUGAUAUAUUAUUUUGCUUUUUGUAAAGCAGUUAAUUACUGAAUAUGUACAACAUAAAAUAUGAAUUAUUGUCAAUCAAUCAUGUUCACGGCAUUAUGUCAAUUAACAUGGAAGAAAUAUUAAGGGUUGCACUGAAGAUUGAAAUCUUUGUGUCUUCUGGACCCUCUGUAUAAAAUAUUAUUGUUAUCAUCUGAUUUCAUAUUUACAGAUGUAACAUUAAAUUAAAUUAUUUAACAAACGAUGAUUUGUGAUCAAACAUUAAUUGGCGAACCCCCUUUGUAAUUAUGUAGCUACUAACUCCUGUAGAUAAUAUAUUUUUUCAUUUGCAUCGAAAUACAUAUAAUCAAAAUACAUUACAAUCAAGAUUUUGAUUUUGUGAGUUAAAUUUAACGUAAUUAGAUCACCUGAUUGCUGUCACGAACACACGUGCGCUCCCGUGACGUCACGCACACGCCAGCGCCACUGAACCUCGUGGGAUCAGUGGAAAGAGGAUGCUGCUGUCGUUUAGGCCGGUGAUCUCCGUCUCUGUGCUAACUCUGCUGGGCUGGUGCUGGUACAGCUUUAGUAGGAGGAGGACAACGAUGAAUCCAACACAAGUGAACAUGUGUUGUUCGGCCAGAAGCAGCCCUCUUUACUCCUCCCCUGCUGACUCCAGUAUUUUGGGCGAAAGUGAUCUGAGCAUGGACCACGGCAACUCAGGAUCCUCUGAAAUCAAAAACCUUACCAGCACCUCUUCCAAAACAGGCCUCACCAAGGGAGUUCGACCCGAGCCAGAAGGAGAAGUAUCCAUUUGCUUACCUGAGACUCUCCAAACUGAGCAGGAAAAGGACAACGUUGCUGGUGAAGGUCAUCCAGACUGUGGAGAAGUUAGUGAAGAUGACUCUAGGCUUGAGUCUGAUCUGGUUUGUCUCUCUUCAAAUCACCUUGCCACCGACUCUCACACUUUAACAGAGCAACAGUCAGGUGCUGUCCGCUUGGACAGUCAUAAUGGCAGCAGCCUGACCAUUGAUGGAGGCCUGAACCAGGAGAACCUGGAGAAGAUCAGUUCUGUUCAGGUCCAACAAGUCAUAGAUGCAGCAGCAGAGGACUGGAAAAACCAGGAACCCAGUGAUCCACAUGAGCUUGGAUUUCCGUUUGCUGCUCAAGAAUCAUUCAGCUGUGAUGACAACAGAAGAGUAUGCCUUCAGGAAGCCAGCUCUUUUCAGGGAAAAACUACUCAGCCAUUUAAGAGCUUCUGGUGAUGAUUCUGGAUGUGGUUCCUGCUUCUCAGAAGAUGCAUCCGAUGCAGAAGUGCUGACCAGAGAGUUGUCUGAGGAAGGUCAAGGGUUUGUGAUGAUCCCCACAGAAGCAAACACAGUCAGCAUUGAGAGCAAAAUGACUCCCUGUAUGCUCGAGGUGACAGAAGGAGAGGAGGAGGCCUUGAGAGGUUCAGAUGUUAAAAGCUGCAUUAGUGCUGACACUCAGGUGAGCAGCUUGGCUCCUCCUCCAACCCCACCCAUCAUUAUCUGGGACAUAGAGGUGCCAGCGGUGAGCUCCGCCCACAGACACACCCACAUACUGAAAUUAAGUUGAUUUUAAAUUUCAUGGCAUCAACACAUCUCAAAAAA